UACUUACCCAUAUUUUGUGUCAAAGAGGAAGGAUUUAACCUCUAUCCAUGCUAGAUUCCAAAUUCGGUUUCUAACCCGACUGACUUGGGCCCAAAAAACCCACCACUUUCCUCCCUUCCCCAAAACGCUAAAUUUCAAUUUUGCGACCCUCACUGUUUCUCCGGUGAACUUUACUGUGAAAUCACUAGCAGGAACGAGUAUGGCUUCCAAGAAAAACAAUAAAAAGAUCAAUAAUGCGGCUGCAUCUAGUUCUGUAAAUGUACCUCAAGACAAUAAAACCCCGAAGGAACUAAAGGCUAAAGGUAAACUUGCAAAAAAGUCCUCCAACUUAAACUCCGCCCAAAGGAAAGAAGCUGAGGCCACUCCACAAUCUCUAUCCAGAAACAAGAAGAAGAUUGUAAAAGAUGGCAACCAAAGAAGUAAUUUUGAUAAAAAAGAUGCUUUGAAAGAAGCUGAGGCCACUCCACAAUCUCAAUCCAGAAACAAGGAGAAGAAUGCAAAAGAUGGCAACCAAAGAAAUAAUUUUGAUAAAAAAGAUACUAGGAAGACCCAAAACAUAAACAGUGGAAACAAAGGAAAGGGAAGUACAAGUGAAAUGAGUGUAGAUGUGGAGAAGGACGGAAAAGCUGAAAAGGGUGUUGGUGGAGUGAUUUUCAUGUGCAAUGCAAAGACCAAAGACGAUUGUUUUAGAUAUCAUGUGAUGGGUGUCUCAGCUAUGAAGAAAGACAUUAUUAUGGGGAUCAAACCCGGUCUCAAGCUUUUUCUCUUUGAUUUUGAUCUUAAGCUCAUGUAUGGUAUUUACGAGGCAACAUCUGCUGGUGGAAUGAAACUUGAACCAGCUGCAUUUGGUGGGAACUUUCCAGCCCAGGUUCGCUUCAAGAUAGACAAGGAUUGCAUUCCAUUGCCUGAGAAUUUGUUCAAGAGAGCAAUUAAAGACAAUUAUGAUGAAAGGACUCACAAGUUCAAGACCGAGUUGACAUUUAAGCAGGUAGAGCAGUUGAACAAGCUGUUUAGGCCUGCACCACAGCUACAUCCAACUUCCAAACAUUCUGGGUCUGAGCCAGUUACUCGGCCCCCAUCAGCAGCACCUUUGCCUAGCAAGGAACCUUCCAGGGAGCAUGCAUAUGGAAUGCAAUACAGUAGAAGCAAAGCAGCUGAGAAUUUUUCAUCAUAUGGUCAUGAAAGGGAAAGGCAGCAGCAUGCAGGCCACCUUAUCAUGCCUAGAGAGGUUGACAGUGAACCUCGUUUCCUCACUGAGAAAGAAUAUAGAAGCUAUGGUCUUCAAUCAGCAAAGCAUCUGCAGCCCACUGCUUCUGCAGUAGUUGACCGCAGAUUGGAUCAUUAUGAAUCUGAACAAGGAAGGGAACAUCUCCGAAGAACUCCUACCAGUGUUGGUAGUGAUGCAGCUUUAGCACGAAAAGAGACUCUACACACUGAACCUUUAUAUCCAAGUGAAAGGGAGUAUCGAACUUAUGGCCUCAAGGCUCGCAGUGAAAUACCUGCUGUGGAAAGUAGUGCUACAGGAAUUUCAGCCACACCUACCAAUCAUGGUUUACUAAAUCAUGUUAAGGAUACAUAUGAUCCUUAUGAUGAGAGUACUGCCUCAAUUGUAAACCGAUAUCUCUCUCUGCCUAGGACGGUGGUACCACCUGUAGAGUCGUACUCUUCAACAGGCAGAGAGUCUUUUGCAAGUGAUCCCUAUUCUGCAAUUGGCAUCAGAGGUCAUGCGGAAAGAUACCACACUGAAAAUGAAAGAGCAUAUCCACCAAUGGGAAGAUUCCACACUGAAAAUGAAAGAGCAUAUCCACCAACGGGAAGAUUCCACACUGAAGAUGAAAGACUAUAUCUACCUACGGGAAGAUUCCACACUGAAAAUGAAAGAGCGUAUCCACCAUAUGCUCCUCAAUUACCACCAGACUACAGCUUGAAAUAUCACCAUGUUAGGGAUGAGCCUAGAUACCCACCUUCAGUCUCAUCUCGCUAUUCCUUUGGGGGACCAUCUGCACCUCGUCAUUGAACUGCUGCAAUCUGCAUCCAUUUAUCUUCAAUGGCUCUGUUAAAGUUAUGCUUAUGAAACUGUAAGCUACAGGUCAAGUUCAUCAACAAGGAACUUCUUGCAUUUCUCAGAUGUGCUGAUGGCAAAGACAAGGUGAUUUCUACAUGUCUUCUCUGACAGGUUCUGGAUUAAAAAGAUUAAACGACUGUAUUUCCCAUUUUCUUCCUGUACAAGGGGAGAAACAUUAUCCUGAAUCAUGAAUCCUGACACCUUCCCUUCGGUGUUGUUUCUUGAAUUUGUUGUUUGUGACAUAAAGGAGAAACUUGAUGCUGUUGAUUCA